UCGAAGCAUUCAGCUAAGCCACUGGCUCAGGGAUCAGCAAAGGAUGGCAUUUGGUCUUCUGAAGUUCAAAUGUGAAGAAAAGGUUCCUGAGAUCUUUUGCUAUUAAACUACCUCCAACCUAAUAACAUUUGAUAGAUUCUGAUGGACUCCUUAUGCAAUACAUUAUUGGAAGAGAAGUAGCAUGAAAUGGUUUAGCAUAGGAUGUUAUUGACACAUCAUUAAAAGUGAUGUUUUAGGAUGAUCAUUUGAUAAAUGCAUGCCUACUUUGUGUGAAGCACUAAGCGUCACGACUUGUCGGGCUUGCAAAGGGACCAUCUAAUAGGCAUGGAAAGGCCAUCACGUGAAAUCUCAAAGGAACCAGAUGCGUUCAGUUGUGCCAGAUCUGCUUUCAGCAGCUGUAGAUAAUGAAUCCAGUGCCUGGAACAGACAGUUAGUUGUAAUAUUUGAGAAACCUGUAGAAACGCUGGACCAGAUUCACUGAGCUUAGGAAGUCAGUAGAACAGAAUCACCCACCGUGGCUGUAGGUAAUCAAGGUCUGUAUUCACGCAGACUGACGAAAGCCGACACCGCCUCUGCCUCUGUCUUGGCCCCGUGCUUCCUGUCUUGUUCAGGAUCCCCAGCCAUCGCUCUUUCAGCUGCAUUUUCCAAGAUGUGCCCACGUCGCGUCCUGAAGAGCCAUCAGCUGUAACAGAAGUUCCAGAUCGCAAACCCGCAGCCAGGCAUCCCCGCUCCUGGGAGCCCACGAGCAUGGAGCUCUCCGACAGCGACCGCCCGAUCAGCUUCGGCUCCACGUCGUCCUCCGCCUCCUCCCGGGACAGCCAUGGUUCCUUCGGCAGCAGGAUGACCCUAGUUUCCAACAGCCACUUGGGCCUGUUUCCCCAGGAUAAGGAUGCAGGGGCCAUAAAACUGGAGCUGAUUCCAGCCAGGCCGUUCUCCAGCAGCGAGCUGCAGAGGGAUAGCGCGGCUGGGCCACAGAACACGGACCAGGCCGGCGACAGGCAGCCCCGGGCCCAGCGCAGAGUGGAAGCCAACGCGGCCACCAAAAUGGGUGCGGAAUCCGCCACCAGCCCCAAGCUGCUUUAUGUGGAUAGAGUUGUGCAGGAAAUUCUGGAGACUGAAAGGACUUACGUGCAAGAUUUAAAAAGCAUCGUAGAGGAUUACCUUGACUGCAUCAGGGACCAAACAAAGCUUCCUCUGGGGACGGAAGAAAGAUUGGCCCUUUUUGGAAACAUACAGGAUAUCUACCACUUUAACAGUGAACUUCUGCAAGACUUGGAAAACUGUGAAAAUGAUCCUGUGGCCAUAGCAGAAUGCUUUGUGUCCAAGAGUGAAGAGUUCCACAUUUACACCCAGUAUUGCACUAACUACCCGAGAUCGGUGGCUGUGCUAACAGAGUGCAUGAGGAACAAGACACUGGCCAAAUUCUUCAGGGAACGUCAGGAAACUCUGAAACACUCACUGCCUCUGGGGUCCUAUCUCUUGAAACCAGUUCAGCGGAUUCUCAAGUAUCAUCUCCUUUUGCACGAAAUAGAAAAUCACCUUGACAAGGACACCGAAGGCUAUGAUGUGGUGCUUGAUGCUAUAGACACGAUGCAGCGAGUGGCCUGGCACAUCAAUGACAUGAAGAGGAAGCACGAACACGCUGUCCGGUUACAGGAGAUACAGAGCCUGCUCACUAACUGGAAGGGGCCAGACCUGACCAGCUACGGGGAACUGGUGCUCGAGGGAACCUUCCGCCUCCAGCGGGCCAAGAACGAGCGGACACUCUUCCUCUUUGACAAGCUGCUUCUCAUCACCAAGAAGAGAGACGACACGUUUACGUACAAAGCUCACAUCCUGUGUGGCAACCUCAUGCUGGUGGAGGUGAUACCAAAGGAGCCCCUCAGCUUUAGCGUCUUCCACUACAAGAACCCCAAGCUGCAGCACACGGUUCAGGCGAAGUCGCAGCAAGACAAACGCCUGUGGGUUCUGCACCUGAAGAGGCUGAUCCUGGAGAAUCACGCGGCGAAGAUUCCCGCCAAGGCCAAGCAAGCAAUACUUGAAAUGGAUGCCAUUCACUAUCCAGGCUUCUGUUACAGUCCUGAGGGAGAGAUGAAAGCAUUUUGUGGCUCUAAAGACAAUUCUGCUCCAUAUCGGCUGAGAAGAAAAUCUGAACCUUCCUCAAGAUCACACAAAGUUUUGAAGACCAGCGAAACAGCACAAGAUAUCCAAAAGGUUUCCAGAGAGGAAGGGUCUCCCCAGCGGACUUCAGCAGGUGCGUCUCCCGCCCAGAGGAACGGUCAGCCCAGCAGUUCUGCCAUUUUCAGCGUGCUUCGCGGGGGUGGGGCCGUUAGAAACAUCUGGACGGACCACCAGAUCCGGCAAGCCUUGUUUCCCGGCCGCCGGUCGCCGCAGGAGAACGAGGAGGAUGAAGACGAUUAUCAGAUGUUCGUACCGUCCUUCUCCUCUUCAGAUCUGAACUCUGCCCGGCUGUGUGAAGACAGCACUUCGAGUCGACCCUGCAGUUGGCACAUGGGACAGAUGGAGUCCGCGGAGACCCCCAGCUCUGGCCACAGGGUCGUGCGGCGGGCCAGCAGCGCUGGCGAGAGCAACACGUGCCCCUCUGACGUAAGAAUUAGGGACAGCGACGGCUCCCAGUACGGCUCCCAAAGGGACCUGCAGAAUGACCUGAAAACAGAGGGGCGGGACGGGACGACCCCCUUCGGGUCCUCUAUGGAGUUGACUAUCGAUGACAUAGACCAUGUCUAUGAUAACAUCAGUUAUGAGGACUUGAAACUGAUGGUUGCCAAACGGGAAGAAGCCGAAGCCCCUUUCCCCAGACCCGCCAGGGACUCUGUUCGCCCCAAGAGCAGCCCGGAGCUCGCCUUCUCAAAGAGGCCAGCUGGCCGGGAGAAGAGUCCUCCGCACCCGCAGAAAGAUGGAGCGCUCCCGGGCCGGGAGGCCUUGAACCAAAGCGCACGCGAUCUCCAGGUGGUGGAGGAGAACAUCUACGACACCAUAGGGCUCCCGGACCCGCCCUCCCUGGACUUCAGGUGCAGCAGCCUGAAGCGUCCCAAGAGGAGCACCUUCCUGGGCCUGGACGCCGACUUGGGGUGCUGUGACAGUCUGAGGGCCUCUGUUUCCCAGGACAGCCUCCAGUUCAGUGAGGACCAGGCACCCUACCCCCCGGGACCCUCCGAUAACGAUUAUCUGAGUUUGCUCUAUAACUCCUUCGGCUGCAACUUGUCCAGAGCCGAUCGGUCCAUCUCCGAUCAACUGUCUGAAGAAGUAGACGAAAUCUGGAACGACCUGGAAAAUUACAUCAAGAAAAACGAAGUCAAAGCCAGAGACCGGCUUCUGGCAGCGUUUCCCGUCAGCAAAGACGACGUGCAAGAGCGACCGCUCGCAGCCAGCGCCCCGGAGCUGAGCGCACGCUCCCCGCUCUCGCUGGCCACGGGCCGGGCCCUCCUCGCGCGGCCAGAAGACGAGCCCGGGCUGGCCUCCUGCGCCCUCGGCCGAACCCCGGCCUCCAAAGACGGCUCCUGCGUGAGCCUCCACCGGCUCUCACUGACCGGCGACCUGCCUCCCAUAGAAAGUCCUUAUGAAGUGGCCGGCAGCAGCCUGUCCCCAGCGGACCUGGAGAACCCUGACUCUGGCAUGGACCAUGUGGACAAGACCAGGAGCAGGGUUUUCCUGAUGGCCAGGCAGUACAGUCAGAAGAUCAAGAAGGCAAAUCAACUGUUAAAGGUCAAAAGCCCAGAGCUGGAGCAGACACCUGGCAGCCAGCCCCAGAAGCCGGUGCCCAGGGACCUGGCGGCCAUCCUGGAAGAAAAGAAGCAGGGCGGGCCCGCCAUCGGAGCCAGGAUUGCUGAGUAUUCCCAACUGUAUGACCAGAUUGUAUUCAGAGAGACGCCCUUUAAGACUCAGAAGGAUGGCUGGGCCACCCCUCAAGAAUCUCCCAACCUCAGCUCUGCAGCACCUCCCCACACUCAACAUGGUGGCGAGGACUGGCUUUUGCAUUCAACCUAUAGUAAUGGAGAGUUAGCAGAUUUCUGUCCCUGGCCCGAGCAAGACUUGAAGUCAAAAUAUCCCACUUUACAGAUCAACACAAAAAGUACCCCAAGACAAUUGUCCACAGCUUGCUCUGUGCCUUCUCUCCAAACCUCCGACCCUCUGCUGGGCUCCAUGCAGAGACACAGCGUGAUAGUCAGUCAGCCAAACAAAGAGAACUCUUGUCAGGGUCAUCUUUACAACUCUCUGGGUCGGAAAGGCAUCAGUGCCAAAUCUCAGCCUUAUAACAGGUCUCAGUCAUCUUCCUCAAUCUUGAUAAACAAGUCCACGGACUCCAUCAACUACCCCAGUGAAAUGGGAAAGAAGCAGCCACUGUCUUUACACAAAAAUUCCAGGUGGGAGAGUCACCAGGAUUUGCUGCCAGGGAUUGCUGACUCAUGUCAACAGGGCACUGAAAAACACUCAGAUCUCACACUCCAGGACUCACAGAAAGUUCUGGUAGUAAAUAGAAGUUUACCUUUAAGUGCCCAAGUAGCUACACAGAACUAUUUUUCCAAUUUCAAAGAGACCGAAGGAGAUGAAGAUGACUAUGUGGAGAUAAAAUCAGAAGAAGAUGAGUCAGAAUUAGACCUCGUUCACAAUCGCAGAAGGAAAUCUGACCCAAAGGUUAUGGACGGUGGCUUUUCUGAUAAUGUCUGGAGCAACACCUCUUACUCUUUGAAUAGUCCAUACACUCCAAAAAAGCCAGUAAGCGGUAAACUUGGAAUUUCACCGUAUCUGACAUCAUACAACGAUUCUGACAAACUGAAUGACUAUCUCUGGAAAGGGCCAUCCCCCAAUCAGCAAAAUAUUGUCCAGUCUCUAAGGGAAAAAUUCCAGUGUCUCAGCUCAAGCAGCUUUGCCUAAGGUUCUUAAUAGUAGCUGCCUGAAUUAACUUCGCAUUGUGCUCACAAAUUACAGAUACUGACAGGUGUUUUGUAUGUACCAGAUGAAAACAACUUUGUAAUAACCAGAGGUGUAAAAUAUCCUUUUAACAGCACAACUUUUUGAAACAGCUGGCUAUCCAGCCAGGAUUGUACUGUAGCAAAGUCCACAUCGACCACUGUGUUUUCUGAUGCUAAUUGUCUUCAUAUUUCAUGUAAGUUAAUCUUACUUGAAAAUUUGGGUUUUUGGGUUUUUUUUAACAUGAUGGCCAUGGUAUUUUUUCCUAUAUCGCAACAACUGGUGCCCAGACUUUAAGAAAUGCAAUAAUCUUCUCCUCUUGUCCAGAAGCCACAAGUAGUUUUAUCCUAGGACUCAAAGGCAGCAAGGAGGCCUUUUCAUGUUUUUUUUUUAAAAAGAAAUAAAACUAAAGCUGUUUAAAGGAUUAUGCUUACGUCUGGCAUUUUGUUAAACUUGUGACAAGACCCUAGAAUAACUUUAAGCAAGGGAUCUCUAAUCUCUAGGUGCCCCUUUUGGGGUUUCUAUGCUAGUAUCCCUGCAUCAUUUCAUUAUAAUGCAGAAAUUGUGUAACUGCUGGAAAUUAAAAUGUAGCAGGAUCAGUUUUCUAGAAGCAAAAGUCCUUACCUGUAUUCCUAGACAAGGCCUGGACAACGUGCUGCUCAUUUAUUUGAUGGUUUCUGGAGUUAGAUGAAUGAUUCCCUUAUUGGUUUACAACCAAGUGCAAGAAAACGCAAAUGGACUUAUUGGAAAAGAUGGGUUGGCAUCCGGGUACAAUUUGAUUUCAUCUCCUCAUGUUUCAGUUGCAGGGGUGGGGCGGGGGGGGCGUAUCUAAUUCUUCACUGCUUUUUGUGCCUGUCACUAAUCAAUAUGAAGUAAACCAUAAGCUAAAAUAAAAAACAAAGCGCUUUAAAGCUACCCUUUCCAGAGCAAUGUUUCAGAUGUCCUUUCAUGAGUUUUGUACUCAGCCAGAUGACCUGAUCCCAGCCUUGAUAAUCUCAGUGACUGCAAUGGAAUUUAUUUGCUAAUCUAAAUGUAAUAUGGGGGCCCUUUUCCCUUGUUUGGGGGCAUAUACAAGAGCAGGAUCUUUGGUAACUAAGUUCUGACUAAUCAUAUCUUUUCUGUUGUAAUUAUGGUCUUUAAAAUAGCAAUUCAUUGUGAUAUUAUACAACUCUUUAUGGAAGGAAAUAGAAAAACAAAAGCAAGACCUUGUGAGUAAAAUGCAAAAUUAAAGACACUAAAGAGAAAAAUGAAGGCAAAUGAAUUGCCACUUUAUAAAAAUACUCUAUUUUAUUGAAGCCCCCAGUCAAUGCAACAAGAAUGUUUUCUCCAACAGCGGCCUUUGCAUUCUCACUGUAAGCCGUUUUACAUUCUGUGCACCCCACUCCCCCGCCUCAGUUUUCAUUUUUAAAGAUAUGAUAAUAUGUGUAGGGAAAGGGGAUCUAGGCUUUUCAUUUAAAGAUAGGCAAUGAUAUUGAUCUGAAUCACUGACAUCUUACCAGAAUUCCUUUUCUCUCUUUAGGUGCUAGGCCUCUUUUUCUUAACUGAAAAACAUAAAGUGUGAUCCUUAUUUUAUGCACAGGUACCUAAGGCAUUCGUUUUCUUUUUAAAUAACAAAAAAUAACCCAAGUUUCUUCCUUCUCUAUACUGUUCUUCCUUCUCAUAGCUUAUAAAACAGAGUCCAUGUUGACGAGCAUUGUUCUGGAAACAUUCCUUCUUACACUGCCUUUCUUUAAACAUGAUAUGAGUUUUCAAAAUUAAGCAGUAUCAGAAAAGAGAAGCGCUGUAACAAAGAAGACAUCCUCAGCCCCAUGAGAGGUAUUUGUGUUACAAAACCAAGUUACCUGACUCUUCUUGUCCCAGGAAUGCAGUGUCCCACUUCUGCUUUUUAGUUUGUAAGACCCAAAUUCUGUAUUAUCCAUAUUACUGUGGUGUCUUACUCUCAGAAAUGACCCAUUCUUCACACCAGUGUCCUAUUGCACGAUUUUGAUGUUGCUUAUAUGAAUACACCACCUUGCACGAAGGCUGCUGUCUUACUGUAUAAAAUGUCUGUAUGAUCGUCUUUAGGUUCUAGGACAAAUCUGUAGUUCUAUAGAUCCCUUCUGUCAGCCAGGAUGCAGAUUUUGAGAGCUGUGUGUGUAUAUAUAAUCUGUAUUUUUCCUCAAAGUUAUCAGUUAAGGGCUUUUGUUUAAAAUAGCUUCUUUUGGAGGUGGGGUAGGGAUGUACAUAAUUGGGAGGAAAGAGUUAUAUGUACUUAAGUGUGUGUCAAAUUCUUAUUAGGUCUCUGUACUGAGGGUCCAAUUUUUUUUAUAAGUUCACUUUUCACCUACUCUAUUCUUUGUGCAAAAAAAAAUGCAUCUAGGAAAACAUAGUUUAAAUACUGUAUAUAAGAUAAUGAAAGUUAGUAAUGCUCAUUAUUUAAUAAAGUUUGUAAAGUACAAAGUAAA